AUGAAUCUCACACGAGAAGAAUUUCGAGUUAUGAUUUAUUGUGAUUACAAAAAAGAAUUGUCACAACAACAAUGCUUGGAAUCUUUACAAAAAACACUAGGUGACUCUUGUGUUUCACGUACAGCAGUUUACUUUUGGCAUGCUGAAUUUAGUCGUGGCAGAAAUCCCUUUGAAGAUGAACCUCCUGCUGGUCGACGAAGAAGUGUGGUCAGUCCAGGAAACAUCGAAGCUGUUCGUCAGCUGGUCAACGUCGAUCCACCUAUCACAUACCAAGAAAUACGAGACAUCUUGCGGAUUGGAUCAGCAGCAACUCAAUCUAUUCUCCAUGAUUAUCUUGGUUUAAAAAAAUGA